UAACUGAUUGACCUCUGUUUCUCUCCCAUUCAGGUAAAUGAAGAUAAGUUCCUUGUGAAGUCAAUGAAUGAGACAGAUCACUCAUGGGUGACGGAAUUUGUGUUGCUGGGACUCUCUAGUUCCAAGGAGCUCCAACUUUUAUUCUUUGUCAUAUUUUCUCUAUUCUACCUAGCAACACUGCUGGGCAACCUUCUCAUUAUCCUCACUGUGAUCCCAGAUUCCCGCCUCCAUACCCCCAUGUAUUUUUUGCUUACAAACCUCUCCUUUACAGAUACAUGUGUUGCCUCUUUUGCUACCCCAAAAAUGAUUGCAGACUUGUUAGUUGAGCACAAGACUAUUUCUUUUGAAGCCUGCAUGGCCCAGAUUUUCUGUAUUCACCUCUUUGGUGGCAGUGAAAUGGUGCUCCUUGUAUCCAUGGCUUAUGACCGGUACGUUGCUAUAUGCAAACCUCUCCACUACAUGAGAGUCAUGAGCUGGCGUGUGUGUAUUACACUGGUCCUCAUUCCAUGGUCUAUUGGCUUUAUUCAUACUACCAGCCAGUUGGCAUUUACUGUUAACUUGCCUUUUUGUGGACCUAAUCAGGUAGACAGUUUUUACUGUGACCUCCCUCUAGUGACCAAGCUGGCCUGCGUAGACACGUAUGUUGUCAGUUUACUAAUUGUUGCAAACAGUGGCUUUCUUUCUAUGAGUUCCUUUCUCUUCUUAGUUGUCUCCUACACUGUGAUACUUAACACAGUUAGGAAUCGCUCUUCUGCUAGCAUGGCAAAGGCCCGCUCCAAACUGACUGCUCAUAUUACUGUGGUCUUGCUGUUCUUUGGACCAUGCAUCUUCAUAUAUGUGUGGCCCUUCAGUCGUUACUCAGUUGAGAAAGUCCUUGCUGUGUUCUACACCAUAUUUACUCCCAUUUUAAACCCAGUUAUCUACACUCUAAGGAAUAAGGAAAUGAAGGCAGCUGUGGCAAAACUGAGGAGUCGCUAUCUGAAGCCAGGCCAAGUUAUUGCAGUCAUAAGAGAUGCUCUUGGGGGGGGCGGAAGAUGGCGGCGGGCCUGGGAGCAGCCCAUGAGAGCCAGCGAUGGUAGCAGAGGAGCAGCCCAGGAGAAGCUGCAAUACCAGCAGCUGCCCAGCCAGGUGCACAGCUGCCUGAGCUGGACCAAAAGGCUGCUGUUGGCACACAGCUGCCCAGCAGAGUUGCUGUUUGGUGGGAGAGCACACGCAGAGCACCUGCCACUAAAUGCAGAGCUCUGCGCUACUCUGAUGGAGACCCCGCCCACCGAAGCUAAGGAGAUUAACCCGGAAGCUGCUCCAGGAGUGCAGGUGUCACACGUGAGCGGUGCUGGUGCUUGA